AUGAUCUUGUUCAAUCCCGUUUGGAUACUAUGCAUCCUUGCGCAGGUGGCCGUGGCGAUUUCCAUCCCCAGAGGACAAUCAUGCACACCGAAUAAGACAGCGAUGCGCAGAGAAUGGGGGGAGAUGGCGCCAGCUGAGAGAAAGAACUACACCGAUGCCGUUUUAUGUCUGACUCGAAAGCCCCCUCGACUUCCAACUGCAGAGUACCCUGGGGUACGCAGCCGAUUUGAUGAUUUUGUCGCCACUCACAUUAACUACACACUUCACGUCCACUACAGCGGAUUAUUCCUUCCAUGGCACCGUCGUUUCACCUGGCUAUGGGAGCGAGCUCUUCGAGAGGAAUGUGGCUAUACAAGCUAUCUUCCAUACUGGAAUUGGCCUCUUUGGACGAACGACCUCCACAAAAGUCCUCUCUUUGACUGCAGCGAAACAUCGCUUUCUGGCGAUGGGGAGUAUAACCCAGAAGAGCAACCUCUAUCCGGAGGCAAUAUCACUCUUCCCCGUGGCUCAGGUGGAGGUUGUAUCAAGUGCGGUCCCUUCAAAGACCUACAGAUACAUCUCGGUCCUUUCUCUCGCGACCUGACUUCGUUCACCGAGAUUCCAUCCCCAAAAUUCGAAUACAACCCACGCUGUUUAAACCGAAGUCUAAAUAACUUCGUAACUUCAAACUAUAACAACGCAACGAUCGUUUCACGACUUCUGGCAUCAACAGAUAUCGUCGAUUUUCAGACGGUCAUGGACCAUUGGCCAGCCCGGCCAGAUGGCGUCCUCGGAGUUCACGGCGGAGGACACUUUAGCUUAGGUGCAACCAUGCAAGAUCUAUUUGCCUCGCCGCAGGAUCCGGCUUUUAUGCUACACCAUUGUAUGAUCGAUCGGCUUUGGACGAUGUGGCAAAGCAGAGAUGAGAAGAACCGGCGAUAUGCGCUCAACGGCACUACGACCAUUUUGAAUCCACCCUGGGCCCAACCAGUCAUGCUAAACAUGACGAUGGAGUUUGGAGUCCUCGAUCGACCGCGAAGGGUGAUUGAAGUCAUGAACCCUCAUGAACAUGGGCUGUGUUAUACAUAUACUUGA